AUGCCCAGCCAGGCUGUACUACUAGAAGAUUGGGUCAACUGGGCCAAAGUUUUCCGAACUUUAAAGUUUCUGGAAUGCUGGUUUUCUUUUACACUCAAUGUUGACAUUGAUAUUCACAAUGACGAGACAGACUUGCUCUUCGACGCCAAAUUUUCGUGGAAGCAGGUCAAUGAGCUUUCAGAAGCUUUGGAUCUGUGGCGCCAAGAGCUCCCGGCGGGCCUUUCUCUUCAUUCUUUGAUGUCCGAAAAUGACGAGACACAGCCUCACGAUAGACGAGCGCUCCUCUUGGUCCACAUGCUGUAUCUUUCCUUCAGAUUGAUGCCAUACGAACGCAAAAUGCGACAAUCAGGGGUGGCUGACGCUUUAUCUAUCUCUGACGAAGCCCUGUCGCUAUAUUCUGGAUUUGCUCGACAACUUAUGUGGAUCAUAUCUCUGACCCAGCGAGACGGCCUUUAUGUGAGAUGCUGGCUCGUGAUGUAA